AUGUUUUAACCAAAAAUGAUAGAAAAUGAAAAAGAUAUUUGUUGUCAAUAUAAUCAUGGCUAGCCAAUACAUUUGGUUAUGCUUGAUCCAAACAUCAAAAUGAAAGAAAGAUUUUUGUGCAUUCAAUGCCUGGAAAAUUAUGAUUAAAAUGGGAGGACAAUGGGAUUUAAAAAAUUAAUUUAGCAUAUUGAGGAUGCUAUUGAGAAAAAGAUGAGCAAUUUAGCAGAUAUUACUUCUAACACAAUUCAAAAUAUCAAUAUGUGUAUAACAAGCACAUAGGAAUUUAAGACAUAUUUUAUGAAAUUAUUGGAUUCUAUUAUUAGAAUAGCUGAAGAUUGGACUUAAGAUUUAUUGGUAUAAAGAUAAUAAUGGAAUCAAUAUUUUAAUUUGCCAUAAAAAUAAGAGAUCAAAUUAAAAUUAAUUGAUUAAUCUGUCAAAUAAGAGGAAUAAUGUAAUGUAAUAGUUUUCGAUUCUUCUGGGUCAAUUAUGGUAUCAACCGAGAAGUUUGAGAUUAAAGUAUGGAGUUUUCUAAAUGGGACAAUCAAAUUAGUACAAACAUUGUAAGGACAUACCGAUUGGGUCUAAUGUUUAGUUUAUAGUAAAAAAUAGAAUUCGUUUAUUUCAUGUUCUUUUGACAAAACAAUAAGAUGCUGGCAAUAAUUGAACUAAUAUGAUUGGAUUAGUUCAUAACCUUAUUAAUAACAUACAUCUUAUGUUUUUUGCAUUCUAUUAAAUUAAAAUGAGGAUUUACUAUUUUCUGGAAGUAAUGACAAAUCAAUCAAAGUUUGGAAGGUUGACUUUAAUCAAAAUUAAUUAAUAUUUCUAUAUUCAUUAGAUAAACAUAAUAAUUAGGUUACGUCAUUAAGUUUAAAUUAAUCAGAAGAUAAAUUAGUAUCAUGUGCAAAAGGUUAGAAUCAAAUUAUUAUUUGGGAAAGGAGACAAAAUAAUCAGUUUGAAUUCAAGUAUUUUGUUAAAUAAUCAAUUUAAGAAAAAGGACUUAAGGUUAAGUUUAUUAAAGAUAAUUAAUUUAUUUGGAUAACUGGUGGUGAAGAAAUAGAUAAACUUUAUGUGUUUGAAAUAGAAUAAGGAAUCUUUUAAGAAAAUAAGGACAAGGCAAUUUAAUUAAUUGCAAAUAAUCAAAUUUUAGAUGAAUAUCGUUUUCCAAUUGUUUAUAAUAAAGAGAGGAAUUUGAUAUUAGUUAGGCAUAAGACAUAUAUUUAUAUCAUCAGAGAAAUUAAUGAUGCCAAGUACAAAAUUUAUCAUUAACUCAAUUGUGAAACAAUUUGUAUUUAAGGAACUAUCACAAAUAAUGGGUAAUAUUUGGUAUAUUGGGAUGACAAUUAGUAAGGAUAUUCAACAUAUGAAUUAUUAAAUUAAUGA